AUGGAUAACUACUUUUUCCCCUUCCCCACAUCCUUCCCUGUGGCCCAGGCGGCAGAAAGCAACGAGUUCCUGCGGCGCUUCCCCGAGCACAACAUUUUCGAGUUCAUCGCCAACAACCCUUUCCAGGAGGAGUGCGAUUUCGUCCCCGCCGCCCACAAACUCGCCCCCAUCGAGCCCAGCAGGCCCAUCUUUGUUGAUUACAAGUCCGGCCGCACCGUCACCCAUGGCCAGCUUAAGCAGGACUCCCUCGCCGUCGCCGGCGCCCUCCAGUCUCUCGGCCUCGACCCCAACAACGUCCAUGUCCUGCCCCCGACGCCCACCUGCGCCCGCCCCGAGGUCGCCCCCGUCGUCCUGAUCCAGGUCCCCAACUGCCUCUCCUUCCCCACCCUCGUCCUCGGCGCCUUCGCCUCCGGCCUCACGGCCACCCUGGUAUCGCCCGCCUUGACGAGCGAAGAAAUCUCGUGGAUCCUGCAAAAUGCUCGGCCCCGCGCCAUCAUCACCGCCACCAACUGCGUCAAGGCCAUGAGGGCCGCCCUCGCUGCCCAGGAGGACGCCGCCUACUUUGCCAACGUACCCCUCUUCACCGUCGAGGUCGCCAACGAGACCCGUGAUCCUGUGGUCCUCGGGUACCUCGGGCCGCUCAAGGGCGUCCUCCUGUCCCACAACGCCCUCAACUUCUCCAUCGGCUCCAUCUGGCACGACGCCGACUACUUCCAAGGCCUGACGCAAAAGUGGCUCGGCUACGUCCCCUUCUACCACGUCUUUGGCCUCUGCAACAUUCUCCUGCUCACCGUGUCCAUCGGCGCCACCGUCUACGUCAUGCCCUCCUUCCACCUCGAGACCGUCCUCCAGGCCAUCCCCAAGCAAGGCAUCACCUACUUCCACAUGGCGCCGCCCGUCGCCGUCAUGCUGGCCAAGGCGGCCAUCGUCGAAAAAUACGCCAAGCGCGACGCCAACGGCCGCAACGCCUUUUCCAGCGUGGUUGCCGGCGUCACCGGCGGCGCCCCUCUCGGCCACGAGGUCGUCGUCGAGGUCUACAAGCGCCUGGGCUUCCGCGUCAGGCUCGGCUACGGCCUGUCUGAGGCCUGCAGCACCACCCUGCAGCGCGGCUACACCGAGGCCGACAUGCACGCGCAGGCCGGCGACAGCGGCAAGCCCCACUGGGGCGACGGCGAGAUUCUCAUCCGCUGCCCCGGUCUCAUGAGCGCCUACCUCCCCAUCGGCGGCCUAUCCCCCGGCGCCAAGCCCGACAUGGGCGUCACGGCGGAGGCCCUCACCCACGACGGGUGGUUCCGCACCGGCGACGUGGGCAUCCUCUGCACCGAGGGCCGCCUCCGCAUCACCGACCGCCUCAAGGAGAUGAUCAAGGUGCGCGCUUUCCAGGUCGCCCCCGCCGAGCUCGAGGCCAUCCUGUGCAGCAGCGACGACGUGGCCGACGCGGGCGUCGUGGGCAUCUACGAUAACAACGAGGCGACCGAGUGGCCCCGCGCCUUUGUCGUGCCCCGCGUCCAGGCGGGCGAGGCGGAGCUCCGCGAGCUGGCGCACAAGCUGGCCCGCUUGGUGGAGGGCCGUACGGCCAAGUACAAGUGGCUCCAGGGCGGCAUCAUUUUCGUUGAGGCUAUUCCCAAGUCGCCGAGCGGCAAGAUCUUGAGGAGGAUCAUGAAGGAUGGCGGGGUCAAGGGCUUCGAGGUCCAGAUUUACCAGAGGAAGAAGAGGGAUGCCAAGCUGUAA